AUGCCCGCUCGAACUGACUCCCCUCUUCAAGUCGCCAUCAUUGGCGCCGGUCUCGGUGGUCUCGCCGCUGCUGUCUCUUUGCGUCGCCAGGGUCACUUGGUGACAGUGUUUGAGCGAUACGAUUUCGCCGGGGAGGUGGGGGCUUCGCUGAGUGCCGCUUCGAAUGGAUCGCGCUUUUUGGAGGAGUGGGGAGUAGAUGUGAAGGGAGCAAAACCGGACUAUAACAACUUCCACCGCAUUGAUAUUCACAAGCAGUUGCUGAAAUCAGCUUUCGAGGAACCUGGCACGGGUCCCAAGUGCGAGUUGAAAGUCAACUUCAAAGCGACAGAUGUGAAUCCCGACAGCGGUGCGAUCAAAUUCGAGAAUGGCGAAGAAACCACUGCCGACAUAAUUGUGGCAGCAGAUGGAAUCCGGUCUGUUACUCGUAACUUGAUUGGGAUUGAGCCUCAAUUUGAGAUGUCCACAUCUUGCUGCUACAGAUGUAUUAUCGGGGCCGAUAAACUCCGCUCCCUCGGCCUGGACGACUACAUCUCCAAUGAAGCUAUCGAAUUCUGGGGUGGAUUCGGGAUCAAUAAGAUUGUGAUGUCACCCUGCAGCAAUGGGGAGGUUGUGAGCUGUUAUUGCUUCUACCCAGCAUCACACAAUAAUGUACGCGAUGACGGUUGGAGUAUUGCUGCCUCGCCGCAGCAACUUGUUGACACAUUCCCCGACCUCGAUCCGCGGAUGAAGACCCUGAUGCUCAAUGCCGAGGAUAUCAAGAUGUGGAGACUAUACAAGCACCAGCCAUACCCCUUUUGGUCUAAGGGAAAGGUGUGUCUGCUCGGAGAUGCAGCACAUCCGAUGAUGCCCGAUCAAUCCCAAGGCUCUUGUAUGGCGUUCGAAGAUGCAGGCGCCCUAGGGCUAGUCUUGCACAAGAACUUCCGUGAAGAUUACAGUGCAACCGAAGGAUUGGCCAUAUACGAGCGAUUGCGCAAGGAACGGGCGACUCGCGUACAAGAAGCUAGCUUCAAAGCACGAGAGAAUCUGAGCGAGCGUAUUGGCUGGAGUUCAUCCGCCGACCGUCCCGGGAAGUUGACGAUCGAGGAAGUAUGCGGCUACAAUAUGAGGGAUCAUCUAGCUAAGCUGAUCGCUGAGCAGAGCGCAGCGUGA